AAGUAACACAGUUAAGUCAGCAGAAUACUGCAGUAGGGGAAGUGGUUGUUGGAUCCCUUUCUUGGCACUAACUCCGGAAAUACAGUGACAUAUUCUGGUGCAAUGGAUUCCAUUGUUAUACUCUCCUCAAAGAUGGUGCGCAAAUCCUUGUUUGCUGAUCCAGAGGAGGCUGUUGGGAAGGAAAGGGAUGGGGCAUCAAUUGGUUUAAAGAAACAACAUGAUUUGUUUCCGGAUGACUUAAGUCAACUCAUGGCUCAAGAUAUUCAUAUCUUUGAGGAUCCGGCUUUGAACUAUCUGGACACUAUAAUGGAUCUUAGCCGACUAAUGAUGAGGGGGAGGACCAAGAAGCGACUGAAGAUGCUCAGGAGGAGGAAGAGUUUAAUUUGGUGUAUAAUCCGGUUGGUGUACGGGAUGAUGAAAUUCGGGAAAAUAAAGAGGAUGCAAAAUCCAAGAGAGCAGCAGGCAGAGAAGAAAACGGUGAAUAGUAAUGUUCUCUUUACAGGGGUCAGUUCGAGGAAGAGAAAUGUGCAUAGCUUGACAUCACCUAGCAAGAGGACAGUUACCAAACCUAUUAGCCCGACGGUGGGUAGGGGUACUAAUCAAGUAGAAAGAGCUCCUCCAAAACGUUUGAUGUGUAUCUCAGGAUGUGGUACAAUUGUGGUCGAAACAGUAGAUGUAGUUGAGACGAUGUCUGCAGCAGUGGUGGCUGAAGAUGAGGCCGGCGUAAUGACAGUGUCUGUUACAUUAUUCCCAAGAUUUGUCGAGGAUGAGGAAGCUAAGCCAGGGGACGCAUCACUAAAAAUGGGAGUGACAACUGGAGGUAGCGGUGUGACUGGAGGAGAGCUGUCCGGAACAGAGAUAGAGAAGAUCAGUUUGUCUUGUCUAACCCAAGCCGUAUGUGCUGGAUUUGGCGUGGUUAAGUCAUUGACCUGGAUCGUUGGAUGAGGAAUGGAGGAUUCAUCUGUGAUGUGUUUCAUCAGAUUGAAUCCAUC